AUACAUAGGUGUUUGUGUUGACUGUCAUCGCUCACCACAUCACACACCAAACAAAGCAUUUUCAAUUAUUUCCAUUUGUCCCCAUUCUAUUCCUUUGUCUCUUCUUUCCCAUUCCGAAUCCGAGGGAUAUCACUUCCACCUCCUGGAUCCAAUCCCCCCCUUUUCUUCACUUCAUCGGUUUGUUUCUUUUCCCUCUUUUUCCCACUUCUCUUUCCUUUUAUCACCUCUUCAUUGCAUAACAAUUUCCCUCUAACUCCUCUAAAAAUUAUACCCAUUUGUUUUCUCCCUCUGAUUAACUGCUAUUCUGCUUUGGUGCUAGUUGGGUUGAAGCAAAGGCUUAAGGUUUCGAAGUUGGUGUUGGUUGUUACCUUUUUGAAGUUCUGUAUGAUCUGCAAAAGGAAUAAAUAGGAAAACCUUGAUCUCCCUUUUUUCUGAGUUGAUGGCAUCAGCGGGAGUAGCACCUUCUUCUGGAAUGACAGAUAUGAAUGCAAGUUCGGUUGGUGCUGAGAGGUUGCCCGAUGAGAUGAAUGACAUGAAAAUCAGGGAUGACAAGGAAAUGGAAGCCACUGUGGUAGAUGGAAAUGGGACUGAAACGGGACAUAUAAUUGUCACUACCAUUGGUGGUAAACAUGGCCAGCCCAAGCAGACCAUAAGCUACAUGGCGGAGCGUGUUGUUGGACAUGGCUCUUUUGGUGUAGUUUUCCAGGCAAAGUGCUUGGAGACUGGCGAAACUGUGGCUAUAAAGAAGGUUCUUCAAGACAAGAGGUACAAGAAUAGGGAGCUGCAAACCAUGCGCCUUCUGGAUCACCCUAAUGUUGUAUCUUUGAAGCAUUGUUUCUUUUCCACAACCGAAAAAGAUGAGCUCUAUCUGAACUUGGUACUUGAGUAUGUUCCUGAGACGGUCAACCGAGUGAUCAGACACUACAACAAAAUGAAUCAAAGAAUGCCAUUGAUAUAUGUGAAACUUUAUUCUUAUCAGAUUUGCAGAGCACUUGCUUAUAUUCACAACAGUAUUGGAGUAUGUCACAGAGAUAUAAAACCUCAAAAUUUACUGGUCAAUCCUCACACACACCAGUUGAAGAUAUGUGACUUUGGAAGUGCUAAAGUCUUGGUAAAAGGAGAACCAAAUAUAUCUUACAUCUGUUCUAGGUACUACAGAGCUCCUGAACUUAUAUUUGGUGCAACUGAGUACACCACAGCCAUUGACAUUUGGUCAGGUGGCUGUGUACUUGGCGAACUAUUGCUUGGCCAGCCUCUCUUUCCUGGUGAGAGUGGAGUAGACCAGCUCGUGGAAAUUAUUAAGGUUUUAGGAUCCCCAACAAGGGAAGAAAUAAAGUGUAUGAAUCCUAAUUACACAGAGUUUAAAUUUCCUCAAAUCAAAGCCCAUCCAUGGCAUAAGAUCUUUCACAAGCGAAUGCCACCUGAAGCUGUGGAUCUUGUUUCAAGACUACUACAGUACUCUCCAAAUCUUCGAUGUUCAGCUUUGGAGGCUCUUGUUCAUCCAUUCUUUGAUGAGCUGCGUGAUCCAAAUACCCGGUUGCCAAAUGGGCGUUUCCUUCCUCCACUAUUUAACUUCAAAGUCAACGAGCUUAAGGGAGUACCUGCUGAGAUGCUGGUGAAGCUUAUUCCACCUCACGCAAGAAAGCAGUGUGCCUUGUUUGGGUCAUAAAGAAGCUCAUAAAGAAGCCUUAUUUAGUUAAUAGUACUUUCUGCCUGUAAAAGUGUAUCUAGCCUGUUUCGGGUAGUUGAUAGGUUAUUUUCUUUCUGUUAAUUUGUUCACCCUUCACCCCCCCCCCCCCUCCUCACUCCACCCACCUAAAGAUCUCACCCACCUUCCAAUUUAUUAAUCUUCUCAAUGCCUGUAGAAAUAUGUUUGAGAAAAGCUUCAUCUUGAUUCCUUUGUAGCAUGUGAUGGGUUCAUUCACCUUAAACGUGUAGCAGGUUGUAUUAACUAGAAUCAUUAUUUAUUGAAGUGAUAUACUUGAUCACUACCACACUGAACAUGCGGGGAUGCUUCCAAGCUUGAUGAUACCUUUCCUGUUACUAUGGGAAAUGUGGCUGUGUAGGACUUUGAUUGCCUUUUAAGGAACUGUUACUCCCCUAUUUCCAUUCAAAUGCUGUUACAUAAUAUAAGUGGUUGAUGGAAGGGGAAGAUGUUAAACUAGACUGAUUAGUACCUACUAGGAAGUGAUUACUGCUACGAAAUUGUUGCCAAACUUGCACGGCAAUUGUAUUGAUUCGCUUCGAAGUGGUUGCAAGCAUUCCAUGCUACUUGACAAUAAAGAAUUAUCUUGUUUCGGGCUUUAUAGCGGUACCUUUGUAAUCCAAAAGAAGUGCAGAUGAAGUUUCACUCAGAUCAGGAUCUUGUGUUGUCUCCCAAGGAUUUUGGAGAUUAAUUUCUUCUUAGUAGUCUUUUUAGGUUGUAUCUUAUAUGCAAGCAUCACAAAGUUCAAAGGCUUGUGGCAUGAUAAUACUACUACUUGGUAUUUUUUUUUAAAUCUAUUCUUUAUAUACAUUUAUUCUACAUU